UUUGAUUCACACUGACGUUUCACCCGAGUCGAGCACAACUGCACCUCCUCUUCUCUCACAAAUUAUGUAAAUAAAUUAUUUCUACAGUUUGUUAUUGUACGCUUUACACUACACUGCAUACUGAGGUUAGGUUGUGUUGUGUUUCACAAUAUUUAGUAGAUUGGUCAAAUUCCAAACUGUAGUUUUCAUAUUUUCUAUUUCCUCGAAAUUGCUACGAAAUUUGCUAUAGAGAAGGAUUAGCGCGACGAUUAAUUAAUAAUGUCGAGAGGUCAAAAGCGACAGUACGGCGGCGGCGGCGGUUAUACCGAAUACUAUGAGCAGGACUUUGUCGGAUUCAGGGACAAUAAUAAUCAUCAUAAUAAUCAAACUAAUCAGAAUUUCCAAGGAGGGGGACGAUCUAGUGGUGGUUGGUCAGGUCGAGGCCGUGGGAUGCGGAAACACCAACAAUCCCGGAUUUGCUACGUAAACGCAGAAUUUAUUAAUCAACACAAUACUCCAGACUUGCAAAACCUGCAUGGAGUUAGGCGCAGGGUUGGUUGGGCGAGCGGUGGGAGUGGGGACAAUGAUGCUAGCAACAAUCGAUAUCAUCUUGAUAACCGGAUUCACAACAACAAUAAUAAUAACGCGAAUUCUUCUGAUAUUCGAUUGGACGAUCAUUGUGAGGACAUAUUUACCGACAUAUCUGUAACUGUUCCUUCAUUGAUCAAUAGAAGAAGCGAGGAUGAAACUUUCGAUUUUGGAAAUGGUCGCCAACGAGUACUAGCUGUACGUAGUACUCCUGCAAUAACAGGCUACAAUCCAUCAAGUCUACGCAAGAAAAAGCGUCGGUCUGAAGCCGAAGAACAACUGGAGACAGAAGUCGCGGUUCAUCGAGCCAAUCACAGGCGACAUAAAAAAUCCAAGCGUUCAAAAAGGAACCGAGGUGAUGAAGGAAAUGAUUCUGGAGGAGACGUUCAUUUACUGAGCAGCCCGAGCGAUGCGGAGGGCGACGAAGAUGAAGAUUUACGAUGUACUAUUGUCCGACAGAAAAAUGUUCGUAACAACAAUUUCCGAAGAGAACCGGGAGAGAUUUUGGACACAGACGAGAGUUCGUCCAUUUCAAGUCAAAAAUCAGAACAUAAGGAGGUGCGUAAAAGUUCCGAUGCUAGUGGUAACAAGAGCAAGAAAUCAUCAUUGUCACCAAAAAACAACGAAGAUGGUAAGGAUACCAAAACUUCCACUGCCACAUCGAUUAGAGAUGGUGACUUGUGCCCAGAAGUAGACGACAAAGUAGUUGAGUUGAGACCAAUAUCUGCAGAGUCAUUGUCACAAGAUACAAUUGCAUCUGUUGCUUCCUCGGUUGCUGGGACAAACAUCCCAGAUGAUCAUUCCCAGGGUGGUUGUAAUACUAUCGAAAACAGUCGCACUAAUUCACCGACAAAUCUGCGUCUGUCAGAAGACCGGAACCUUGGAGAAGCGUUGAACUCUCACGAAAAUGUCACUAUCAGUGCAGGAUUAUUGGAUACUGCAUUCGAGCUAGGGCCUAAAAAAGAGAACGAGAAUAAUAUCAAUAUCAGCAAUGUGCAAUCGCCUUCUUCAGCAUGCAGUGGUGGAUUAUUUAUACUUGAGUCAGAAAAUACAGGUCUUGGCGGUCAACCAUCAUCGGAAAUUGUUGUGCAACGACCUGCUUCCGCAUCAGCAGCAUUAGAAAAGAGACAACGAAGAGGAGUUCUCCCAUUCAGGAAAGUAACUAUUCGAAGUCUAAGUCCUGCCACUGCUCAAGAUAGCCAAAAUAAAGUUCACUACAAGACCUCGCCUGGAAUGUCUGUAGAUCCAUUAGAUAGUUACUGGAAGACUCAAACCAUACGCAUAAAGACUGAGAUGGCAUCACUUGAGCAACAAUUAAAUAUGAAAGAUCAUGUUAUCAAUGAUCUGAAGCGACAAGUAAAAUUAGGAGAGGAGAAAGAUGCUAAGAUUAAAGUUCUUAGGGGGCGCAAAACUAGUAUGGAGAAUGAAAUGGAGGAAAUCAAGAAAAACAUGUCAAAAAGCGAAAAACGUUUAAAGGAUACUGAACAAAAGCUGAAAAAAGUAGAACUGGAAUUGAAAUUGAAACAGGAAGAAGUGGAAUCGCUUAAACGACGAGACGCUGAGCCUGCUAAUGAUGGGAAUAAGACGGAUAUACAACUGAUAUAUGCCUUGACUUAUCAAGACCGACUUUUCGUGGAAGUAGAGAAAGUCAAAUCUUCAUUUGAGAUUGAAGUGCUGAAGCUGCAAGAGUAUUAUGAAGCUCGUCUUGCUCACUAUCGGAAUCAAGGGCUUCACCCAGGACCAUUUAUUGGAGGUCCAAACAAUAACUUUCCUAAAGGAUGUGUCAUGACUCCAGUGACUAUCGGACAACCAAUUUCAGUUGGACAUCAAUCACACAAUCAAGAGCAAAAUGGAAUGCCUCGAACGGAAUCUCGAUCAAUGCAGCAACAACAGAUGGGUUUAUUUGCUCAUCUUGGAAAUCCUGACGCUGUUUCGCCGCCUCUAAUAAGCAUCCCACAAGGAAUUUCAAGAACCCGACUUCCUGUAUUUUUGAAUCCAAUGAUGAGACGAAUGCAACAAGGAGUCGAAGCACCACAGUUACAACCACAUCCAAGUGCUAUCCAAGGCAUGCAACAUCAAAAUCCAAAUUCUUCCCUCUUGAUACCAUCUACCAACUCAAAUUCUGUCAACAAUAAUAAUUCAAACCAAUCUAAUAACAACAACAACAACAGCAACAACAUCUCACCUGCAGCUGGAGGCCAGAAUUCUGCAUUUUCGCGUUAGCGUAAUAUUUAUCCCUUACUUCUUCGCGUAUUUCUUUUUUUUCAAUUUUGUUUGCACAAUAUAUAUGUUGUUAGAAUGAAAUGUUAUGUUUAAUUUAGUGUCUGGAACUGCAAGGUUGUUAUCGUUCAUAAAGUUGUGUUUGUUUUUUGUCUGUAAAAUGAAUUUCCACGAACAAACGAUUUUUCUUUAAAGCUUUAAUAAAUUAUUCCGUUUAUUAAUAUAUGGUUUAAAUGGAAUCUGCUAAUACAA